AAACGGGCAUCAGUCCAUUACAUAUGUUGAUGGACUUGUGAUUCUUAAGGGUUAGAAAGCACUCUGUCUAUUUUAUCAUCUGACAGAAACACCAAAACAAAUCUAAAUUGUGCCUUUGAAAUUUCCCCUUUUUAGAUUAAAUUAUCUGAUAAUCUAAAAGUUAAUUUGAAAGAAUAAUUGUGAGAUCUAUGCAACAACAAUGACAUCGCUUCUAAAGACGAUUAAUGGAUUUCAAAUUUUCCACAAAUGUCUGAAACAGAGUAUUGAUAUGAUAACUAUUCCAAAACGGAACAAAUAUCUACCUAAACCUAGGUAUCGUCAUCCAGAAUGGCUUCCAAAACCGCAACGUGUUUUAUAUGAUGAACAAUUAACACGAGAUAAUAAGGAAUUUAUUGACGAAGUGGUUAAAGACAAAUAUCCAUCUACCGAAACAAAAUUGUCCCCGUUAAAAAUAGAUCCAAUCGAGCCCAUUGUAGAGUGGAAGCCAGAUAUGCAACGUACUGGUUUAAUCGCCAAGAAAAUAGGAGUUUAUCCAUUAUGGUUGAAAAAUGGAAAGAAAGUCACUUCAACAUUACUUCAGAUUGUCGAUAAUGAAGUAGUAAAAUACAUACCACCAGAAGAAUUUAAUCCAGUAAAGACCCGUACACCUCCGAUACAAGUCAAAAAUAGACGCGGAUGUCUCGUAGUAGGAGCAGAAAAUAUUGAUCCGCAAUUGGUCACUAAAGAAUAUUACGGUAUUUUUAAUAAUGCUGGAGUUACACCAAAACGUAUACUAAGAAGAUUUAUAAUAUCUCCACAAGCAGCGUUGCAACCGGGAACUCCUUUAUUUGCUACACAUUUUAAACCAGGAGAAAUCGUUGAUAUUCGUGGAAAAACGAUUGAUCGUGGAUUCCAAGGUGUUAUGAAACGAUGGGGCUUUAAAGGAAUGCCUGCUAGUCAUGGUGUAACGAAAACUCACAGAAGACCUGGAAACAUUGGAUCAGGUGGCACAAAAGCCCGAGUCAUGCCCGGCACUAAAAUGCCUGGACAUAUGGGUAAUAAAUGGCGAAUUAUUAGAGGUGUUCGUAUUUUACGAAUAAAUACGAAAUAUAAUGUGAUUUGGGUUUUGGGUCAUAAUAUACCUGGCGAAGUCAACACUUAUUGUUAUAUGUAUGACACAUUGCUUCCUUUGAAGAAACAUAAAACAGCGCCAAACUUUCCUACAUAUUUACCAACUAUUACCGAAGAAUCGCUCUCCGAGGAAUUAUAUGCAGAUGAUGUACAUCCGUUCACAAAUCCCACACUCGAAUUUAAAGAAAACUCAUAAUUAUAUUUGUAUAAUAUUAAAUAAAAAAAAUGUAUAAUAUAUUGCAGAUUAGGAUUAUUUACAAA